AUGUCAUUAUCCGCUGCCCUGCUCAAAGGAAAGACCGUCGAGGGCUCCCUUGAUGCCCUUUUCAAGAACAGUGCUGGACCCACUCAGUCGUAUGCACCCAUCCCCGCAAAGGUUCGCCAGCCAUUCCCAGAAGAUCUGCCCGAGGAGCCCAAAAAGAAGACAAAGGUGCCCAAACCCAAAUCUACACCUGUAUCAAAAAAGAACAAGAACAAGACCUCUGUCGAGAAUGCGAAUGAGGAUGAGGACGACGAGGAUAAGGAUGAGGGCAUCAGUAAAGGCAAGGCCAGCGUAGAGGCCAAAUACGAGGCCAAGAAAGCGACAACUGCACCAACGGCCAAAAAGAGCUCGAAAAAGACCAGCAACGCUCCAAAGGAGACCGUGGAAUUGAUCGAGCAGCAGACCAAAUACGACUAUGGCGAGGAUAUCAAUACGGAGGAGUCUAAGGUUGAAGAUCUGGUGCAUGAGUCCUUGAAGAAGAACAACAAGCGAAAGGCAGACCCUGAAGCGGCGUCCGAGAAGACUACCGACAAAGAUAACAAAAGGGCGAAGAAGACUAAUAAGGGCAUCUCAGCAAAAGCAGCAGACGGCGGUGAUUCAGACGACGAGGAUGCGUCAUCAGACACCAACAAGGACGGAACCAAAAAGUCAGAUGACCCCGAAAGACAGGCACGGACAGCUUUUGUCGGGAAUCUGCCUGUGUCUUCGAUGUCCAAGGCCGACUUUCGAAAACUGAAAUCAACCUUUUCCGCCUUUGGACCUGUUGAGUCGAUUCGAUUCCGAUCAAUUGCAUUUUCAGAACUGCUGCCGCGCAAGAUCGCCUUUAUCACUGGAAAACUGCACCCGGAACGCGAUGUUGUGAACGCCUAUAUCGUUUUCAAACACAAAGAAUCGGUUGCCAAAGCAGUCGCCGCCCUGAAUGGCCAACUUUUUCUCAACAAACACAUGCGCGUCGAUACCGUUGAUGGCGCCAAGAAACACCAACCGAAGAAGAGUGUGUUCGUUGGCAACUUGGCUUUUGAUGCACAGGAAGAGGAUCUCUGGAAUUUUUUUAAGGACUCUGGCGAUAUUGAGAACGUUCGCAUUAUUCGCGACCGCAAGACUAAUCUUGGAAAGGGGUUUGCCUAUGUUCAGUUCCAGGACCGUGCCUCAGUCGAUGUAGCCCUGAGACUGCAUGAUACUAAGAUGGGAACGCGCAAGCUGCGCGUGGUCCGCUGUAAGCGCCUUGAGGAGGAAAAUACCAAGACAAAUGGGAUGGGACCUCGCUCGAAUAAGGGUGUUGCCAGGGAAUCCAAGGGCAACGACGGAAAGCCUGUGAGGACGCAGCACGCACCAAUCGUCAUGGAUGGUGCGGCCAGACGGUUGGCCUUCAGAAGUCGCAAAGCAAACGAGAAACAUGUUUUGUCAAAGAAGACGGAUGCCAUCGUCGAAGGAGAGCGCUCGCAGAAGGGCGCCAAGGUUGAUUUAGGCAUCAAAAAAGGCAAGACCAAGGUCAAGGCAAACGUCCCCAAGAAGAAGGUCGUCAAGAAGUAG